UGGCCCCUGGCCCCGGAGGAUCUUUGGCCCCAACCUCAGAUUUGGAGAUCCCUGACCCAUGGCCCUAAUUCCCGGCAGGACCCCUGACCUUGGCGUGCACCCGAGACCCUCAAAACCCACCCUCGGGUCUCCACCUCGGGGUCUCUGUCCCGUCCCCACUCCAGGUCUCCCAUCUCCUCCUACUUCCUGGUCCCUGCCUCCUCCCAUAUCCAGUUUCUGUCCGCUUCCACCCGCCAGGCCUCGUCCCCACUCAUCCCCUUGUCAGCUUCCCUCCCUUCUGCACAGAGACCAAACCGCACCCAGGGUAGUCGAGAGCUCAGCCUCCGGACCCAGUCAGCCUGGGAUUGUGCCCUGGCCCCACGCUUCCCAACCCGCUGUGCCUGUUUCCUCGUCCGGAGAGCAGGGCAGCGGUAGAACCUGCUCAGAGGGUGGUGAAGGGGAUGAGAGAAAACGGGAGAGGAGCCACUGGGACGGUGCCUGGCAGUGGGGCUUGUAAUGGAAGAUCGUACGGCUGGGCUCAGGGAGAACUUCAGGUUAAUCAGGGAGGGAGGUUAACCAGGGAGGGAAUGGAUGGGGGGAUUUGCUUGCCUGACGUGCCCUCCCCCCCACCCUCCCCGACUCUUGGACUGCUCUCAGCUAGCAUGUUUGCAGUGGGCUGCAGUAUGGGCCCCUUCCUGCACUACUGGUACCUCUGGCUGGACCACCUGCUCCCAGCGUCCGGCCUCCGUGGCCUCCCAAACGUCCUCAGGAAGGUCCUCAUCGACCAGCUGGUGGCCUCUCCCAUGCUAGGCGUCUGGUACUUCUUAGGCCUUGGCUGCCUGGAGGGCCAAACCCUGGAUGAGAGCUGCCAGGAGCUGCGGGACAAGUUCUGGGAAUUCUACAAGGUCGACUGGUGCGUUUGGCCAGCCGCGCAGCUGGUGAACUUUCUCUUCGUGCCCAGCCAGUUCCGAGUCACCUACAUCAAUGGCCUGACGCUGGGCUGGGACACGUACCUCUCCUACCUGAAGUACCGGGUGAGCACGGUGGGUGCACCAGGCACCCAGGGGACUCCUCAGGGGCCACACGUGUGAACCCCCAACGGCAAUGCAUGUGCACUCCACGGUGAGGUCCUCCUGUGCCUGUGACAGUCCACAAACCACAGUAGGUGGGUGGGGAGCUGAUCACCAGCAGGGUAAAGACCGGGCCCCUCUCUGCUGUUUGAUGUGACCUUGGCCAGGUCCCUGCUGAGUCUUUCCCGCAAGAUUGAGCCCAGCCACAAGACUGGAGGAUGAGGGCUCACUUGGCGACGAGGAGUCCAGAGGGGUGUGUGACCAGACCUUCUUGCACGGACGGACCCUGGGCCCAAGGUGGGGACACAGCCCAUGCCCUUAGAGCAGGGCCGAGCCUGGAGUUGACCUCCAGAAUCUGGGGCCUUAGGCUGGGCCGAGUGGCCUCCAGUAUCCUGCUCGGGUCACGGGCUGUGGAAAUUCGAUUAAAUUAUCUUGUCAUUGAAA